AAUAGCACUGCUUUCGAAUCAACAUCUUGAAAAUGCGCCACGAUUUUCUGAAAGCAAGAUGGAUAACGUACUGAAUAAGACGGUAAUGAUCACCGGAGGAGCUGCCGAAUUAGGCUACAAAUACGCAGAAAUAUUUCUUUAUAAUGGUGCCACAAGUGUUGCGAUAAUCGAUUUGCCGACAUCGAAUGGCGAAAAUGCAGCGGCUAUGUUGGAGAAGGAAUUUGGAAAGGGCCGUGCUGUUUUCAUCGCGUGUGACGUGGCAAAGGUAGAAGAUUUAGUAAAGGCAUUCAAUAGGGUCAUCGAUGAAUUCGACACUCUUGAUAUUCUAAUCAACAAUGCUGGUAUUUUAAAUGAGCACAAUUGGCAUCAGAUGAUCGAUAUCAAUAUUACGGCGCUAAUUCGCAGCUCGUAUCUGGCCCUGGAUCACAUGGACAGACACAACGGCGGAAAGGGGGGUUUAAUCGUGAACAUCUCAUCUAUAUUUGGAUUAGUCACUUAUCCUCCAUCACCAGUAUAUGUGGCUUCGAAAUACGCCGUUCUUGGAUUCAGCCAAUCUUUGGCCGGUCUAUACGACAAGACUGGUGUGCGAGUUCUUAUAAUGUGUCCAGGUGUUACGAAGACGGCAAUAAUCGACGACGCUAGAAAAAUAUUGCUCCCCUUCGUCGAUGCAGAAUACAUCAGUAAAUUUGACGGUCUAUUUGGCCCGGUUCAAUCAACCGAUUACGUGGGUCGCGCGAUGCUAUUUCUCAUCCAAAAAGGUGAAAACGGAGCGGUUUGGGUCAGUGAGAAUGAAUAGUCACCAUAUGCCGUGGACUUUCCUCAUUAUUCGAAACGAUCUUUACCUGUAGAAAGUUAAACAUUUGAUAACUUGCCUUAUUUUGAUGAAUUUGCACGGUAAUAGUUUAUUCAUAGCUAUCAAUAAAUAUACGAGUAUAACAUUAAUGUA